GGGAGUGAGCACUAAAUGAAGUAGCUCAUCCGACACUAUUAGUCCAGAAAGAGGGCUUAAGAAGGAGGCUGUUCCAAUUUUCCCAUUUUCUCUCUCCCAAAAUUUCCAACCAAAUCUGCACAUGGCGACAGCUCUAAGCGAAAAUCUGGAGAAUUCUUCUGCUCACGGAGAUGCCGCUGUGGAGCAGAAUCAUGAAAGUCCGGAUUCUGAAUUGCCGAAUCACGGAGGAUUGGAACCUGAACCAUCAUUUUCAGAAGAAGAAGUAAGGAGUGCACUGGGAAUAAGUGCAUCUUCCGGGAAAUUUUGGCUAGAUUGGGAAAAACUAAGGAGCAUUUUGUCCUACCAUCUUAAGCAGGUCCUCACAGAAUAUCCAGAGUCAAAAAUGACCAUCGAGCAGCAGACUUCUGCAUUAGGGGAGACUUUCCAGGAAUUGGUGAGAAGGUUGGAUGAUGCUCUUCAUAGCUUUGACGAAGGCCCUCCAUUUACCUUACAAAGGCUUUGUGAGAUCCUACUAUCUGCAAGAAGUAUCUACCCUAAGCUGUUGAAGCUCUCUUUGGCUCUAGAUAAGAAUCUACUGGUUACAUCUACGUUGAAAAUCUGUAGCGAUCCAUAUCCAUCCACAACAGAACAAAAUUCAAAUGGGGCUUACGAAGGAAAUGGGAAUGCCCCGCCUCAGAACAACGCAGUUGAAAACGGGGGAUUAGAAGCUCCGGUAGAGGACAGAGAUGAAGUAAUGGCCGAUGCUCAAGAAGGCGAGGUGGGUGAGGAUACGACGAUGGACAUGGAAACCGUUGAGGACGUAGCCAAAUCACCGGAAGCAAGUCCUACUCCAAAGGUCGACGCAUAACACAUCUUGAAUGAAUUACUGUGCUAGAAUGACGAUGAUGCCUGCCUGUUUUAUGUAAUGAUUUGAGGCAAAAUUUAUAACAUUUUCAGUACGUACAAUUAAUCGUGCAUCAAGUACUAGUACUUGGAUGUGUACUCGAUUUUUGAGUUUAGUCAGCGCGUGAAUUUGCUUCUUGACA